UUCAGAUAAGGAAUGCUCUUUCUGCAGGUGGGCAACGUGAAGACAAAGAACAGAGUGUUGUGGGAAGAAGAACCCUUUGAGCCUGAGGUACUGGUGUGCCUAAAUCACAAAGGAAUUAGCUUUUGGCUUCUGAGUAUCAGACCGGGCACUGCACUGCAUGAUCCUGUUGAACAGAAGACCACCUGAUAACCAGAUGCCGUGCAGUAUACACUCAACUCUAAUCUCCAAAGGCCAUUGAAUGUUGAAUAGCCAGCUGGAUCAGUUUCUUCUGUGUGGCAUAUGUGGAAUAUUGUGCGCCAAAAAAAAAUCUGGACUUGUCAUGAUCCUCUUUUCUGCCUGCUGCAUCUGUGGACUCAUUGGGGGCAUCUUGAAUUUUCAGUUCCUUCGGGCGGUGACAAAGAAGACCUCUUCCCUCUAUCCCCUGCAUCUCGCGUCCAUGUCUCUUGCGUGCAUUGGGAUCGGGGGCUGCACCCUCUCUUCCUGGCUCACUUGUCGACUAGCCAGCUAUGAACAGAGGAGGAUGUUCUCCGAGAGGGAGCACUCUCUGCAUCACUCUCAUGAAAUGGCUGAGAAAAGAUUGAGGGCUAUUGAAAUAACCGACUUGCCCAGCUGCCCGGUGGUGCCCCCGACACCAGAGUUACCUACAAGGAAAUGACAGACAACAUGAGCAAUGGAGGACCACAGCUGAUAUUCAAUGGAAGAGUAUAAUCAAUAUUUUAAAGAACUGAACAUUUUUAAAGAUUUUCAUGAGGCAAAGAAAUACCAAAGGACUAGGAGAUAAGUUAAAACAGUUCUUGAAUUUGCUGUUAUCUCUCCUGAGUACUUACUAAAAUUAUUCUUCCUCUAUUUUGCCUCACUUUACUUCUUCAGCUUUUUUUUUACUGGUGAAAAACUUUCCAGAAAUGUUCUAGUACAGUAAUUUCAACCAACUUUCCAGAUUGUUCUAAAAAAGACUUUUCAGGAAAAAAAAAAAAGGAAUAGAUAAAAUAGAAAGAUUCACAUUCUACACAAACACUAUUUGACUAGCAUGAGUGUUAGAUUUGUAAUGACAUAUUUCAUAUAAGUAAUUAAAAAGUGCAAAUAUCAAGAAAUAACAAUAAUUUAUUGAUGUCUUUGUUCUGAAAGACAAUGGCUUCAAAGAAUGCCACAAUUUAAAACCUCAGCAAUGCCUUGUUAUAAAAACAUUGUAAUUAUUUUCAAUUUGUGAAUGAACUAUAUUUCAUAAUUUAUUUGUAAAUUACCAAAAAACCUAAAACAUAAAAAAGGUUUUUUAAGAGAGACAAUAUUAAUCUGUAUGAUAUUUUUGCAUUUUUCCACAGAGCGAAAAGUUAUAAAUGAAUAUGUUUUGAUUAUACUGUGUAGAUUGAUGGGCAUGUUUAUGAAUGAGCCUAAGAAUAAAAUAAAGUAUGUGUGUGUGUGUGUGUGUGUGUGUGUGUGUGUAUGUAUACUGUAAAUAUAGAAAAAUAUAUAUGGGACAUACUUAUAGCACUCAUGAAUGUAAAUAAGUAGUAGAAAGGAAAUUGUGGUGUUGUGGGGAUAUUGUCAAGAUUCUAUUCCCACAGAAAUGGGAAAGUGAUUGUUCAAGGCUUUUCUAUGCCCACAAAGUCACAUUUAAUUUCUACUACAUUUUUUCAGUUUUAUUUCUUUAUUAUGUCUGCUGUGUGUAAAUAUCAUUGUGGCUGAUAUUAUGGAGUUAAGUGAUCUGAAUAGUGUAGUAUCAAGAUAGAUUGCUUAAUUAUCUGGCCAUUUUACUAUUAUUAUGAUAUUUAUGUAAAAACAAUUAUUAAUAUUGAUUUAUAAGCAUAACAACUUUAAUUCAAAUACUUUCACAUUUAUAAAUAUAGACAGAAUGACUUGCAAUUAUUCAUGUUAUUUAUAUUUCAAACACUUUACAGCCCAAUUAAAUUAUAUAAAAGGACAGAUGAUGUACGCCCAAAAGAUGCAGGUACAAUUAGCUUUGUUAGAAUUUAAUUUAGGUUUUUUUGUUUUGUUUUACAAUUCACAUGGAAAAAUACAGACCAUUUUUUAAGAAUGCCUAUAUCCAAAGAACCUGAAAGAAUUCUCUGUAGAAGGAAAUUAAAAGAUAGGCUUAUAUUUACACAGCUAAAUUCAACCCUCUCUUCCAUAACGGAAUGUUAAAAUAGUAACCUAUGACACUACAUAUAGGCGAGAAAAUAGCUUGGUCUUUGAAAAUAUUUAUGAGAAUAUAACUUGUGGCAACAGAUAAAGAAAGUAUAUAUUUUAAAAUAUAUAACUCUCAUUGUAUUGCAUACUUUUAUUAUUCCCCAAAGCUAAUCAGUUUUCAAGUCAUUUUUUAUGAGUUACUUACUGAAUGAUAGGUAAAUUAACACCUUUAAUAUCCAGUAUGAGAACAUGUUAUAAUUUAGAAGCAAAAUAUAGGUUUUAGUUGUGCUAACAAAAUAAAAAUAAUGCCAGUUAAUGGAAAUCUGAAGGUGUUUUAGAUUUAUAACAACUUGAUCAUCACCUACCCUAUUUAAAUCAGCUUAUAAAAAAUCUGUUUGUAUCUGUUCAAAAGAAAUGACGGGACUGUGGUUGUCUGGUGUAGUUUUUUUAAGUCUCCCAACUCGUAUGAAUAACUUCACUAGCCAGCAGAUUUACGGAAGUGGCCCACAAAUGCAGCCUCAAAUAAUGAAUCAACUUCAUUUCUGUUUAUUUGAUGCCAUAAAUAGGCAUGAUCUUUGUCACUGAAAAUCUAUACUAUAUAAUGCAGGUAUUUUGUGUGUAUAUGGUUCUACUGAUUUUAUGCAAGGAUGUAGUUUUGUACUGAAAGAAUAACCACUGACUAAUUUUAGGUGGCAUUUCUUUGUAGACAUGUUUGUACAAUACAGAGUUAUAAUACAUCAGUAAGAUGUUUUAAUUCCUUUUGAAAUGAUAUAUGAAAUCACCCAUUAAAGGACAAAAGUAGGCAUAUCACUGCUUAGACAUAGAGUUAAGAAGAGAUGCCAUCAUCACAGUUAUUCCAGUAGUCUACAGUGUAUUUAACCAAGUAUAGAUAUAUCUUUAAUGUAAUUAUUUUAACUUAGUAGUUUCAGGACUCAGUUAUUUAGAGUGAUUUAUUUGGGAUGUGUAGUGAUUCUUUUUGAGAUAAGUAGGGGAAGUUAGGAAGACAUUGUUCAAGUACUUAAAAAUUUAAUUUUCAUAAAACAUUGAACUAUGAACUAGAAUACUUUAAGUGACCACAUUACAGUUUUAGCAUGAGCCCACACUUGGGAAAAAGUAAUGUGAUACUAAAUUAGAAAAAAAUAUGUGAAACUAAUGUGGUGGUGUGCUGUAGAGACUAGCUACAGAAAGGUGCAGUAAUUAUAAGCAUAAAACAAUAAAAGCGGACUCUGCCUGAAAAAUUUUCAACAUAUGUGUGUGUGUCUCUACACAUACAUAUAUAUAAUAUGAGUUGCUUAGAAGUGGGACAUAGUAUGAUGACUCUAUUGAUAUGUCUAUAUAAUAAAUGGUGUGUUUUGAAACUACAUAUGGUGUGAGCUUUCUUUCCAUCACGAUACAAAAAAUAAUUUCCCCGAUUAGUUGAUGAAUAGAUGUGCAGUUCUGAGAUUGGCAGGGGACAGGAUGCUGUGAGUGAGGAGAGGACAUGGGAGUAAGAAAGGGCAUUUAAUCUUUCCUGUUUGAGCAAAUGGGAAAGAUUAAAGUAUGCUCUAAUGUAGACAGGAGGUGGUUGAAGAUACAGGAUAAAAUAAGCAUGAUAAAAGAAGGUGAGAUCCCUAAAGAGGCAGGAGGAAAAAGGAUAGAGAUCAUAGGAGAUAGAAUUAACUGGAGAUAGGAGAUCUCACAAAUGAAAUCUUUACCUGAACUAUUUAGAGAACUCUGCUGACCUAUUUGGAUUUGUCAGAUUGGUUGCUACUGGCAUUUAGGGUGGACAGUAAUUCAUUGUGCAGACUGUACUAUGCAUUUCAGGCCAUUAAGCAUCUCUGGCCCCCACCCACUAAAUGCCAGGAGGACAUUUCAGUUGUGACAAUAAAAACUAUCCAACAAAUUUGCACCUAUAUCUUUGGUAGGGAAGUUUUGCCCCCUAAUUUAGAACCACUGAGGAAAACCCUUGAACAUGAUCCAGAGCAACCAAUGUUAGGGCUACCCACAAGUGUAGAUGAGAAUUGCUCAGGGUCAUAAAUUCACUGUUCUAAGGUCUACUAUAUUAUCUGAUACAGUAGUCACAAUCCUAUCCACAUGUGAUUAUUUAAAUUUAAAUAUAAAUUAAUUAAAACAAAAUCAAAUAUUCAGUUUCUCAGUUGAGCUAGUCACGGUCCAAGUGCUGAACAGCCACAUAUGGACAACAGUUAUAGAAUAUUUUGCAUCAUCUCAGAAAGUCCUAUUGGACAAUGCUAGUCAAAAGCACAUCGAAGAGAAUGGUUCCUCACCCUCAGUACUUAUAAAACUUCUUCCACAGUCAGCCAAUUAUCAUUAUAACAGAAUGUGUGAAAAGAGUUGGUAAACACUCCAUGGAAUUUGAAGUUGGUGAACCAGUUAAAUCCAAGGACUGAACGAAACUAGCAAAACUACAGUGUAGGUCAAACACGUAGUAAAGUUAAGUUGCUUUAGAAAUUUCAUGUUUAAAAACAAAAUCUGUUCAUGCAAAGAUUCCACUAAAUUAUUAAAUAUUUUAUGUUUGACAGAUAAAAUGAGAUGUAUAACUCCUAUUUUCGAAGAAAUUUAUUCAGCUUAUCACCAUGUGUCAAUGGAAAAUUCUGCAUUUCUUGGGCUUGAGAAGACAGCCUAGAUGCAUCUUGACUCCAAGGAGAGGUUUUGAUUUAAUUGGUCUGGAGUGCCCUCUAGGCAUCAGGAGAAGUUAAAGCUCCUCAGGGGAUUUUGAUGUUCAGCCAAGGUUGAGAACACUGAACAAAGGGGUCCAGCACAGGGCGGCUGCAGGGCUUUGCAACCAAAUCAAGGUAAAGUCUUUUACAUUUCCCAUUUAUGGACUUAACAUGUUCACCAUUGGGCUUUGGGAGCGGUUUCUUCCAAUUCUCAUCUCUUGCUAAAUUUGAAGUCAAUUAAAGAAUACUAAAGAAAAUGCUUUUUACUUACCUUAUUUGAACCUUUUAUCAUCUCUAUAGAAGGCAGGGCAAGUAUUAUUAUCC